AGAAAGUGAAAAUGGAGAGUGUUCAAUUUAUAGUAAUUUCAACUUGUGUUACCAUAGUGAGUGUUCUAUCGGUGUGUCUAUGGAGAGUGAUGAAUUGGGUUCGGUUCAGACCAAAAAAGUUGGAGAAGUUACUGAGACAACAAGGAUUGAUGGGAAAUUCCGAUAGGAUAUUGUAUGGGGACACCAAAGACCUUUCAGGGAUGGUUAAGGAAGCUAUGUCCAAACCUGUCGUUCCAAUUUCAAUUUGGAAGUUAAUAAGGAAUCAUCUGCUUGCAGGAAAGAAAUCAUUUAUAUGGUUGGGUCCGAGACCACAGGUGUUCUUCAUGGACCCUGAGUUUAUAAAGGAAGUAUUCAGCAAAAACUAUCUUUAUCAAACGCCUCAUUCAAAUCCAUUAACCAAGUUUCUGACACAAGGACUUGUAAGCCAGCAGGGAGACAAAUGGGCCAAACACAGAAAAAUCAUCAAUACCGCCUUCCAUCUGGAGAAGCUAAAGCACAUGCUUCCAUCUUUUUGCUUGAGCUGUACCGAGAUAAUAAGCAAAUGGGAAAACAUUGUUUCAGUUGAAGGCUCACACGAGAUAGAUGUAUGGCCUCACCUUCAACAACUGACUAGUGAUGUGAUUUCUCGGACAGUUUUUGGCAGCAGCUAUGAAGAAGGUCGAAGAAUAUUUGAGCUUCAAAAGGAACAAGCUCAGCAUAUCAUGGAAGCUAUGCGGUCGGUUUAUAUCCCGGGGUGGAGGUUUUUGCCAACAAAGAGGAACAGAAGAAUGAAGGAAAUUGAGAGGGAUGUUCAUGCCUCGAUUAGAGGUAUCAUUGAUAAAAGAAUGAAGGCAAUGAAAGCAGGAGAGGCGAAUAAUGAGGAUCUACUUGGUAUAUUGCUGGAAUCUAAUUUUAAAGAAAUCGAAUAGCAUGGAGACAAGGAUUUUGGACUGAUCAUUGAAGAAGUCAUUCAAGAGUGCAAGUUGUUUCAUUUCGCUGGCCAAGAAAGUAUGGCAGUGUUGCUUGUAUGGACACUAAUUUUGUUGAGCAGGCAUCAGGAUUGGCAGACACGGGCCAGAGAAGAGGUGUUACAAAUCUUUGGGAGUCGGAAACCAGAUUUUGAUGGAUUGAAUCAUCUAAAAAUUGUGACAAUGAUCUUAUACGAGUCUUUAAGGUUAUACCCACCUCUAGUGACAAUUAGCCGAAGACCUAAUGAAGAUACUGUAUUAGGAGAUCUAUCUUUAAGGUUGUGUCUUGUCUUGUUAUAUGUUAUAGUUGGUCCAAGAUGUUCAAUGAAGGCUUGUAAAACUGCCAAAUGGACCUCUACUUGCACUCGUGAAUCAUAA